CUUGAGCACAUGAAAAUAAAAUCAAAACACCACAUGCCAAACUAGAAAUCCGGAACAUUUGCUGAUUAUGGCGAAACGGAUAAUAUACCCUUUAUACCAACUGGGUAACCCCCAGCUGAGAAUAUUCCGACCUACCUUUAACAUGACACUGGUCAGACCAGGAAAAGAACAGCCACCUGAUACAGUGCAAUUUCGUAUUUCUAUGGCAAUGACCAAGUGUGAUGUCAGAAAUUAUCUAGAGAAGAUCUACAGUGUUCCUGUUUCAGCUGUACGCACAAGGAUCCAGUACUGUUCAAACAAGAAACGAAACCAUUUAAAUCAGCGGGUGAAGAGGCCAGAUUACAAAGUGGCAUACGUUCAAUUGGCUCAACAACAAACUUUCCAGUUUCCGGAUAUCUUUCCUGAGAAGGAUAAGAAGUCCAAGGAGGGCUCUGUUGAGGAGAUGCACGAGAAGUUCAUGGAGGACGAGCGUCAGAGGCAGAAACCAGAUCCCAGAAGAGGAGGAGUUACAGAAUGGUUUGGCCUUUAGACAGACAAGUGUUGAAUGAAGAAUGACUUCAGUGAGGCAAAAGCUGAAUGAAGAAUGUGGUGCAUUGUAGAUUAUGUAUUUGCGCAGGAAGAGCCAUUUGCAGUGAUCUGACCAGCGUUCCGAAGUGGGCCGUUUGUAGCGAUCUGAUCUGCCUCAAUGAAAAGAUAGACUGCCUGAGAGAAGGCUUGGAAACCCAUUACUCCAAAAGACUCAUGCACUGUCAAAGAAAACAAAUGUCUACCCCGGCAUACGAUCACUUCUGAGCAUCUGCCAUGUCAUGAAAGUCUUUCAGGUUAUGCUCUCCUCCCGCAGGUCUCACAAACGUGCUUAAACAAAGCUCUUCCUCGCAAAGUUCUUGAGCAUACACGUUUCCUAUCGUUUAAAGUUUGUCCAAAAUGUUUUCAUUUUCCCCUUGUAGACCUUCAACACAGUCCAUGAACUACUUGUGGUAAAAUCGUCAGUUUAAUGAAGUGAUUCCUCUUUGUGUGGUUCCUGAUUCUCCCUUGCAAACCUACAUAUUUCAAUUCCAUUAAAACCAUGCAGACGUUUUG